UGGCGAUGUUUGCCUUGCCAGCGAUGGCACAAGCUUCGCUGUUGGAGGGCGUGAGGAAGAUAGUAAGGAGGAAGGAGGGACCGAGGAUAAGUUAAGAAAGGGCUACAGGAUGAGCCAAGGGUACUUAAGCAGGUACAUCGUCCUUCUUUUCUUUUGAAAAGACCAACAGAAUCAGUAUCUACCCUCUAGCCUUCAUCUCCAUAGCAACGUUGAGACUUUCUGUCAUCUUCUAAGAAACAGCCCACAUCGGCGUCGCGGUCUGUGUACGGGUGGGGGCGGGAGGAAACGCAUGACCCUGUUUGGCUCUGCUGCGAGGCGAAAUGCAUCGAGUACGCUGUUCGCCGACACUCGAGGACAUCAGACGAUCAGCUUAGCCAGCAACUCCACAGUGUAUAAGUUAGGAAGCACCCAUCUUCAUCUCGAACAUCAUGACUUAGAAUUCCAUUUUGAAUCAAGGUAGCGGCUAGCUGACGCCAUCUUCUUUCUAGUUUUGUCUGCGAUGCGGUGAUUAUAUUCUCAGAGAGUUAUGUCUUCUAAAAGUCGAAAGGACGUCUUUGAACUUAUAAGUAGCUCCUAGUAAAUAGGGAUCAAAAUUUCUAAUGUGAAACCUACAAAGCGGCUCGGCGAAAG